AGGGAGAGGGGAAAAGUUUGCGGGACUUGGAAAGUUCGUGAGUGGAGCCGAGCGGGGAGAUGGAUGCACUCAAGUCUGCGGGAAGGGCGAUCAUUAGGAGUCCGAGUAUUGCCAAGCAGAGUUGGGGAGGAGGCAAACAUAAGAAACUGCCAGAAAACUGGACUGAUACCAGAGAAACUCUCUUAGAAGGAAUGUUAUUCCAUUUGAAAUAUUUGGGGAUGACACUAGUGGAACAACCAAAAGGGGAAGAGCUGUCAGCAACUGCUGUGAAAAGAAUCGUGGCAACUGCCAAAGCAAGUGGCAAGAAACUGCAGAAAGUUAUUCUGAAAGUAUCACCACGUGGAAUCAUUUUGUAUGACCUUGCAAGUAACCAGCUGAUUGAGAAUGUUUCAAUAUACAGGAUAUCAUAUUGCACAGCUGAUAAAAUGCAUGACAAAGUUUUUGCCUAUAUUGCUCAGAGCCAGCAGAAUGAAACCUUGGAGUGCCAUGCAUUUCUCUGCACAAAGCGGAAAAUGGCACAAGCAGUCACAUUAACGGUGGCUCAGGCUUUCAAGGUAGCAUUUGAGUUUUGGCAAGUAUCCAGAGAGAAUAAGGAAAAGAGAGAGAAAUCUGGUUCAGAUGGGGAGGGAGCAAGUAGUUCUCAAUCUGAUGGCUCCUCAAGUAUCACCAGCCUUAAAGCAUCAGCAUCUGCAAACCUUUUGGAUUUGGAAGACUGUGCCAAAGCUUUUGAUGCAUUAAAUGCCAGUGACAAUCAUAUUGAAGAUCUAUUUAGGCAAAAUGAGUCCAAUGAAAACAACAAUAUUGUGUGGGCAUUGGAUGAUGGACUAGAUGAGGCUUUUUCAAGGCUUGCAGAAUCCAGAACCAACCCUCAAGUGCUUGAUAUCGGACUGACUGCAAAUGACCUUCAGUCUGAAGAGUGCUUGUCUCCUUCCAGCUGGGAUAAGUUGGAGUUGAACCCUGCCGAAGCAGAUGAACUAUUUAUGUUCUGACCUUUCUGAAGCUACCUGCCAAUUUUCAGUGCAAUAGUCCUACCAUCAGGCUCCUGUCAGUGUUUCAAGAACAAAUGUAAUUGCUGAGAAGCUGUACACCUUGACGUGGGAUUUGAAAACCAAAGCAUUACCUUAAGACACUUUAUUACCUUGUUCUUCAAAAACUAAAGGAAAAGAUGCAUGUGUUAGAUAAACCAUGUGUGUUUCUUGAAUCUUACAUUCUGGAGCAAGACCCAGACACCACCAGGUUAUAUUUUGGGGGUACAGAGUCUUCAAGAAUUCUUGGGAACAUGGAUUUUGUUUGUGGAAAGUUGUUACUUUUUUACUUUUUGUACAAAAUACUGGAUAGAUUCUCCAUGUUCUAAAGGCCCCUUUUUCCAUAUCUUUCAUUAAAUGAACUAUUUGUUUAACUACCAUAA